AGGUUUAGAAUGCUAAAAAAUUGUGGGCAGUUAUAGUAAACAGUUCAAACCCUUCUUUUCGGUCUAGCAAUGGUGUAACUUCUACCCUCCCUCCCUUCAUCAACCUAAACUAGCUUAACUUAAUCACUUAAACGAUUAAAAUAACGAAAAUCUACAGGUGUUGGUCGGCCGCCACUGCUCACUGGUGGUAGACAGCAACAAGUUGUCUAAUAUAUUCUUCUUUUGGAAUACUAGUAUUAUAUUUAACGACGAAGCCAUGGAAGUGGAUUCCAUGUUUAUGUGAGCCAUCAUUCUCUUUUUAACUUUUUCUUUAUUUUCUCUUUUAAUUAUUAUUAUUAUUAUUCUCGGAAUUAGAUCAUCGAGAUUGAUGAGGAUGGAGUUUGGAAAAAUUCUAUUUAUAUAAAAUAUAAAAGAAAAAUAAAGAAAUUGGAAAAUGCAGCACAUGGAGACGUAGAGUAAUUAUAUAGCAAGUAGUUUCAGGUAACAAGAGGAGGAAACGAACACCGUUGCGUUCUCCAUAUGGUCAGCUUUUAUUAUAAGCUGCUUCGAAUCUCGAUAACUUAACUCAGCUUCGACUUAGUCUGUUCUUUUUUUAAAAAAAAAAAAAUCUUAAAUUUACAUUGCCAAGAAAAGAAAAAAAAAAGAGAGAAGAAGGCGGUGUGAGUUAUGGCGUUAAUGUUGGAGCCAUUCCUUGCUCCAUCUGGAGGCAACUUAAAUCUCAUUAUUAGUCAUUUUGAACCUAUAAAGCCCAAAAAGCAGAGUUGAGGUGGAAAAUUCUUGAUAGAAGUUAUUUCCUGGUAUUGGUCUCUUUAACCAAAAAUGGCAAUGGCUGAUUUACAAGGACUUGUGUCGAUGUCUUCUAGCAUCCAAUCAUCUCGCCAUCACGAAUUUCUGGCUUCACCAUUUGUUGGCCAAAAUUUGAAUAAUGGGCAUUCACACACUUCAGUUUCUAGUUUUCAAUUAGGAAAGAUUAAUUUUCCCAGGAAAAUGUGUAAAACCACAACACGGUUCUUGACUACUUCUGUUCUUGCUGAUGUUGCUAAAGAUUUUACGAAUUUUCAGGCAACAGUGCUUAGAAAACAAGAAGCAGACCCAAAGACUGUUGCCUCUAUCAUAUUAGGUGGUGGAGCUGGAACAAGACUUUUUCCUCUUACUCGUACAAGGGCUAAACCAGCAGUACCUAUUGGGGGAUGUUAUAGACUGAUUGAUGUUCCGAUGAGUAAUUGCAUCAAUAGUGGAAUCAACAAAAUCUACAUCCUCACACAGUUUAAUUCUCAGUCCCUCAAUCGCCACAUUGCUCGAACAUAUAACUCAGGCAAUGGUGUAAACUUUGGCGAUGGGUUUGUCGAGGUAUUAGCAGCCACUCAAACACCUGGAGAAUCAGGAAAGAAGUGGUUUCAGGGCACAGCUGAUGCUGUAAGACAAUUUCUCUGGCUGUUUGAGGAUGCAAAGCAUAGUCACAUUGAGAAUAUUCUGAUAUUAUCUGGUGAUCAUCUCUAUCGGAUGGAUUACAUGGACUUUCUGCAGAAGCAUAUUGAUUCUGGUGCUGACAUAACAGUCUCUUGUCUCCCAGUGGAUGAAAGCCGUGCCUCUGAUUUUGGGUUGAUAAAGAUUGAUGAGACAGGACAGAUCAGACAAUUUCUUGAGAAGCCCAAGGGUGAAAGUUUGAAAUCUAUGAGAGUUGAUACAAGUACUCUAGGAUUAUCAAUUUCAGAUGCAAGGAAGCUCCCAUACAUUGCAUCCAUGGGAAUAUAUAUGUUCAAGACGGAUGUUCUACUUAAACUUCUCAGGUGGCAUUAUCCAACAGCCAAUGAUUUUGGAUCAGAGAUUAUUCCAUUGUCUGCAAAAGAUUAUAAUGUCCGGGCAUAUCUCUUCAAUGACUACUGGGAAGAUAUUGGCACCAUAAAAUCUUUCUUUGAUGCCAAUUUGGCCCUAACAGAUCAGCCUCCCGAGUUUCAGUUCUUUGAUCCACUCAAGCCAAUCUUCACAUCUCCCCGGUUUUUACCACCGACUAAAAUAGAGAGGUGCCAGGUCAAGGAUUCCAUAAUCUCACAUGGUUGCUUUUUAAGAGAGUGCAGUGUUGAACAUUCCAUUGUGGGGGUUCGCUCAAGACUGGAAUACGGGGUUGAGCUGAAGGAUACUAUGAUGAUGGGUGCUGACUAUUACCAAACUGAAGCAGAGGUAGCAGCCUCUUUAGCUGGAGGAAAAGUUCCAAUAGGUGUUGGGCAAGAAACCAAAAUCAUGAAUUGCAUAAUUGAUAAGAAUGCAAGAAUUGGGAAGAAUGUGGUCAUAGCAAACAAGGAUCAUGUAGAAGAGGCAGACAGACCAUCUGAAGGAUUCUACAUUAGAUCAGGAAUAACUGUUGUGUUGAAAAAUUCUGAAAUAAAGGAUGGGACAAUCAUAUAGGAUCGUUUAUUCUUCAGCAAGUGAAGGCAAAAGGGAGCAUCAAAGAUGCAUACAUGUAGAUAAAAGAGAGAUCAGGAACAGGUUUUUACUAGGUGGAAUAAGCUAAGCAGAAUUGAUUGAUCAUCGUGUACCUGAACCCUUUUUUUUUAGGAUUUCACCACGAUGGAACUUUGAAUCACAACUUUCCAUCGUCCUGUGAAUUGAAACUACCAAUAAAGUAAAUAGAGCAUUAGUCUUUUUCUUUUUUC